AUGUAUGUAGAUCUGCCUGGAUUUAUUAGCCCAUCUGUCAUCACUGGUGACGAGUUACGACCAGACCUUCUAUUGACAAUUGAAAAUAAGAUUUUGUACAUUCUUGAAUUAACUGUUGGAUUCGAAACAAACCUGAAAACUAACUCAGAUCGAUCACAUGAAAAAUAUUUGACUCUAAUUACCGAUCAAGAAAAUAUAUAUGAUGAAGUUAAAUUUGUUAAUGUAUCUAUAAGCUCUUUAGGUGUAUUUGGUGAAUCGACGAAUACUUUAUUUGAUAUGCUCCAUGAUCUGAAGUACGACGAACAAUGUAUUAAAUAUGUAAAAAAGAAAAUAAUUGCUACUUGUAUUCGCACGUCGUAUUAUAUAUUCUGUAGACGAAACAAAGACUGGAACAACCCAGAACUUUUAAACUUUUAACUAAAUUUAAAAGAUUUUCACCUGUAUAUAUAUUUUAGCUUUAUAUUCAAUUCAAGUGGACAUCGAUAAGCUACCUUUUAUUAAGUGAGGUUUAUCAAUGUAUGUAUAGUAUAUCGUAAAUAUCUAAUAAAAAGUUUCCAUUAUUAAAAAAUAUAUAUUAUUAUUAUUAUUAUUAUCUUACCGUCGGAUUUGAAUCUAAUCUCCUCACUAAUGCAACUCGAAAAAGACAAAAAUAUCAAGAUCUAAUUAACGAACAGCUCAAAAAUUAUGAAAAAGUGAAAUUUGUAAAUUUAUCGAUUAGCUCAUUAGGAGUUUUCAGCCACCCGUCGCUAGAUUUCACCGAAAUGCUGAAAGAUCUAAAGUUUGAUGAACAAUGUAGAAAGUACUAUGUUCGGAAAAUUAUUAAUAUAUGUAUCAGGUCCUCGUAUUAUAUAUUCUGUAAGCGUAACAAAGAAUGGGAUAACCCACAACUAAUGUCAUACUAAUAUUGUUAUUAUGUAGAGUGUUAAUUCAAGUAGAUACUGGUAAACUACCUGUAAAGAGAGGUUUAUCAUUGUAGUGUGUAUAUAUAUUAUUGAAAGUAAUAAAGUUUCCAUUAUUAUUAUUCUUCACAAAUAUAACAAAGUUCUCACUUUCCCAACUCACUAAAACUUGGUCUGCGUGCCAAUAGAACCUCCCGAAAAAUGUAUUCAACUUUACAGUUCGAUACAUCAGUAACUCCCUUCCAACGCGCCAAAACCUUGCAAGAUGGGGUUUAUCACCGACUUCAGACUGUUCGCGAUGUCUAGCUCCUGAAACACUUCUGCACGUAGUAGCUGGUUGUCAAUCGUAUCCAGAACGAUUCACGUGUAGAACGAUUCACGUUCGAAACUUUCUCGCAACAAACCUGCAGACCGUGAGCGGCUCACAUCUUUACGUGGAUCUUCCAGGGUACAAAAGUCCAUCAGUCAUCACUGGUGCCACCUACCGUCCAGAUUUGCUUCUUUCAACCUCAACCGGAACACUCUAUAUUGUUGAACUUACAGUUGGCUUCGAAUCAAAUCUUCAGAAAAACGUUGAACGUAAACAAUCAAAAUAUAAAUAAUUAAUUAGGGAACAAAAUGAACAUUUCAACUCAGUAAAAUUUAUAAAUCUUUCGAUUAGUUCUCUUGGUGUUUUCGGUAAAGAAUGUUCUACUUUCAUAGAAAUGCUUAUUGAUUUUGGUUUUCAAAAACAACAUCAGAAUUACUGUAUUAGAAGAAUGACGACGAUUGCAAUCCGAACGACGUAUUAUAUAUUUUGUUGUCAAAACAAGGAAUGGAUGAAUCCGAAACUGUUAACUGUUAAUUUGAAACUGUUAAUCCGAAACUGUUAACUGUUUAUUGUUAUCUUAAUAGUUAUUUUGUAUAUAUAAUCAGUAUUUUAAGUAGCCAGUUGUAAAUUACCUGAUAUAAGUGAGAUUUGCAAUUGUAUAUAUAAGCUAAAUAUCCAUUUAAUAAUGUUUUCAUUAUUAUUAUUACCGUUAUUAUUAAAAAAUUUAUCUUAAUGCGGUGGUUACAAAAUGAUUACAAUUUUGUUCUACCUGUAAGCCGUACAUUAUAAGUUACAAUGUAUUAAUUCAAUUAAUGAUCAGCGGAAAAACGGAUAUUUUUUAAUAGGUGCUUGAACCGCUUUCUUCAAAACCUCAGGAAAAGAGUUCCAUACUUUUGCGCCAGAAUAAACAAAACUUCUCAUAUAAUAUUCAGUUCGAAUUAGUGGAAUUUCAACAUUCUCGUUGAAGAACGAAGGAGAAAAUGUUCUCGAGUGAGAUAUUUAAUAAUUUCCAGAACGUGCACGCAGAAAACGUCGAAUUACUAGAUCAAAUACGAUAAAUAAAAAAUAAAGUUAUCGCUACUUUAUUUCAUUUUAAGAUUAAAGUACAUUUCGCUCAUCAACAUAGAUAUUGAGCAUUCUUUGUUCAUAUACGGACAACGAAAGAUUAAUUAUCGUAUGUAAUUAAAGCGUGUGUAAUUCAUUUAUAUGCAGAGUGGAUGAUGAUGACGAGGUAGCAGCAAAAACAGGUGUAAUAGGGACAACAACAAUACCAACCCCCUACGAGCAUCCAAGCAAUCCAAACAUCCGUUUCUGGGACCUACCCAACAUCGGAACACCAAAUUACCCCGAUCUUCCAACUUUGUGUGAAAAAGUUGCCAUCGAAAAGUACGAUCGUUUUCUGAUAAUCUGCUCGACGAGGUUCACAGAAAACGAUCUGCAGUUAGCGAGGAAAGCUCAGUCAUUGGGUAAAUCUUUUGUCUUCAUUCGCACGAUGAUCGAUAACGACACGCGAUCUGAGAAACGAAAGCUUGGGAAGAAAUUCAACGAGGAGAAGACGUUGAAAAAAAUCAGGAAUGAUUGUGUUGAAAAUUUGCGAAACCUCAACAAUGGCGAAGGGAAGAUUUUCCUGGUUAGCAAUUAUGAUCCAAAUAAGUGGGAUUUUGAUCGUUUGAAAAAAGAAAUCUUGAAUCCGUCGCCGUCCAAGCAAAACAAGUCGUUAACCAUUCCCCUGCCCACUCGCUCAAAAGAUAUUUUGAGGGAAAGUAUUAAAAUAUUCAGAGGUAUGUGUAUUGACUUCUAAAAUUUUUGAAUUUAUAUCAACCAAGUGAAAUAUCAAUGAGACUUACUCUGGUUUAAGUAAAUGAAUGUGAUGCCAAACAAAAAGCGGGCCGAAUGCGGUUGACUAAUUAGAUGGCAGUGACGUCAUUCAGUUAAUAGCUAAACAAAGGUAUUCUUGUGACUUUUCAAAGUUCUUUAAUAUAUAAAUAGUAAAUGCUCAAUAGUAAAAAUGCCUAAUUCAAUGUACUCGUUUUCGAUAUCGCGAAGUAAAUCAUUCUAACGGCUCAUCUUUCUGAAUAAGAUAACUGACAAUUGUACUUGCCACCUGUACAUGUAAAAGUUUUGACCUUCUACCAAUCUCUAAAAUUAAUAUAUAGCAUAUAGCAACUUUGACGUUCGGAAACUAGGCAACAUACUGCAUAUUUUAAAGCGUCAGUAUACUGACGAUAUUUGUAAUUUGGACUUAUUCACAUUUCCUUUUCGUCAUCUUUUUCUCUUCUAUUCGUCAGUCUUCGAAUUUUAACAUAAAUUUAAUCGCGUUCCUUGACCAGCGUUAGAUUUUCGCAUAACAAAUCAGGUUUGUCAUCCAGCUAAUAUUUUUAGCUCAUUCCCAUUUGGGGAUUUGAGGAAAGAGGAAAACCUACAGUCGCCCCCAGCGACUAAGUAGCAUGUGUUCCAAUUGUCGUCACAAGUGUAGUUUGUCCGAAUAUUCCCACAAUUCUUGCGGGCUUAACAAUAGCAUUAUUUGAAAGUCAAUUGUUUGAAAGUCAAUUUCAUUUUGUUCGAAGGUUGUGCUAUAGAUAACAACCUUGAUCUACCUGUACGCUAUUUUAGGCACCCCCACUGAACUCGCCCACCUUUGUUCGCCUAAACCUGCGAUUGCCCCAUUUCUCAUAAACGUUUAUUUUGUAGACAGAGUAUGGAUGGUUGCAGCUGCGUCAGUUGCGAGCAAGUUUGGCUUAGGGCCUUUCUGCCUUUUCAUUGAUGGGAAGUUGAUUAGAAAAAAAUUCGAAUUCUACAGUAUUCAACUGGAGUUUCCAGACAACGGUUCCGAAGAAUUUCAGAUGUUGACCGAGGAGCUACAGAAGAAAGUGGAAAAAUUUUACCAGAAGCCUAACCAGAAUCGUGUGGAUUGGUUGAAGUCGUUUGAUCGUGACAACACGUUCAAUAUGAGAAUGUAUAAAAAAAUGAUGAUCACUAAGAAACCGCUAGUGUUUGUAUAUCGUUUCCUGAAUCUCAUCUUGGACGAAAUGGAAGAAACAGCGUUGGCUAUUGUAGAUGAAGCGGCUAAAAGACCAUGGCAUGCUGAUCACGAGUUUUGAUAUAUUGACAUCAUAACAUUGCCAUGAAAAUAAUAUCGAACAGCACAGGUUAUAUUAUUAAUUUUCGCUUUAAAUAUUUAGCACAUAAUGGUAAGUUUAUCUGAAGAAAUAGGACAGUGCACCAAAUAGACGUGUUUUACUGGGUAGUACAACAAUAUAGCACAUGAUGCUCGCUUUUAAAUCCGUUUAAGUGAAAGACAGUUAUCGUUGUGACUAUACUAUAUAGUUAAAUUUUGCACUCAAUGAACAUAUUAUCUUGUGUGUUUGAAAAGAAAAUAAUGUAAUUGAAACAUUUCACGUCGUACGCAUAGAUGUGAUUAAUAGGGAGCUUUAGCAGCGACAAAUUGGACCAUUUGCAUUAUAGACUAAAUUUUGAUCUAGACAAAAAUUUCAUCACAGCUUGAAAGAGCAUCACAAAAUCAGUAAUAUUCCAAAGUUUCGUUGCGAAAUGUUGUAAAAUGCGGAUAAUAUAGCCUUGCGAACUUUGCAAUUUUCAGUCAUUUUGUAUUACAAACGGGAAAUUGAUGCCCCAACACCCGAUUGGGCUGUCAAUUUCCCGUGCGUAAUACAAAAUGACUGAAAAACGGCAAACUUCGCAUGGCUAU